CACCACAUCAAAUCUUGUGCUAGUCAUUGGCCAAUAGACCAUUCAAUGGCGGUAUUCAAUUCCUCUACUGAAACCCUCUCCAACCCUCUCGUAAAUGUGCUGCAACCUCCUCUUUCUCUUCUCCCUCUCUAUAAAACACAAGCGAAAAUAAACGCCACGCCACGCCACCGCCUCCGUCAAACACGGCGGCGCAAUGCCUCCCCUGAACCCUCCCCACCUCCACUUUGGAAAGCUCAGGAAGCGGGCGCGCGCCGUGGCCGCCGGCGGCGGACGCCAGCCGGCUGCUGCCAUGGCCAAGAAGGGGCUCGUUGGUAUCCUGUACAAGCUCCGCGACGUGCACCAUCGCGCGCCGCCGACGCCGACGUCGCCCUCGUCGUCGUCGUCCCCGCACUGCCACGGCCGGCAUCAGCUCUGCUACCCGCCGGCGCCGUCGUCGUGGCCGUGGCCGUCGUGCCGGCACCCGCGCACCAGCUCGUUCAGGUGGCCGACGGCGCCGCAGCAGGGGCAGGCGGACGACGACGCCGCCGCCGCCGCCGGCUCCGUGUACCGCACCGUGAACACUGUCUACGACACGUCGUCGCUGGAGCACUUCAACCCGCGGCGCUCCUCCCUGGACGAGGCGUCGUCCUGCAUUGCUGACCGGAGCUUCUUCGCCGUGGAGUCGGAGGUGGAGGUGGAGGAGGAGAAGGAGAAGGAGAAGGAGCUGCAGCUGCGUGAGACGGCCGUCGUGCGCGGCGUCCGCUCGGAGCGGCUCUUUUUCGAGCCCGCCGGCGCGGAGUUCUUGCCCAAGCAGGAAAUGGCGCGAGGCAAGAACGACGACGAGGCGACAGCCAUGGACGUCGUCGCUCGCAAGAACGACGACGUCGACGAGGCGACGCCGAUGACCACGCCGCAGACCGGCAAGAACGAAGCGGAAGCGGCGGAGGCCGCCGCGCUGAAGGGCGGCGCGGUGGUGCUGACGGUGGAGUCGGAGGACCCCUACGGCGACUUCAGGUCGUCGAUGGCGGACAUGGUGGCGGCGCACGGGCUGCGGGACUGGGAGGGCCUGGAGGAGCUCCUGGCGUGGUACCUCAAGCUGAACGCCAAGGGCGUCCAUGGCGUCAUCGUGGGGGCCUUCAUCGACAUGCUCGUGAGCCUCGCGUCCUCGCCGAUCCCGUCGCAGUCGCCCUCGUCGUCGUGCAUCACCUUCGAGGACUACUCGUCGGCGACCAUGGAGGAGGAGAGCUAAUUAAGCUGUUCUCGAGGAAGACGACGACCACGUUUUGUUUUUCUUUAGCCUCAUCAAGAGAUGACAAUCUCUUUUUCUCUUUUUUUGGGUGCUAAUUCUUUUGUGUUUCCACGAAGGAAUGGCAAGUGAGGGAAUUAUUGUACAGUUGCUAAAAACUAAUUGAUGCUGAUCAUUAGUGUAGAUUAAUUAAUUAAUUAAUGCUGAGAUGGCUAAUUGAUCACUUU